AUGUGUUUGCCAACUAGUUUUUUGAAUCAACUUCUUGCUUGUACAGAAGUUACUCUGCAAGAGCCCGAUUUCCAAGCAACAUUAAUUUUUUGUGUUUCCCUACCAUGAGCCUCUUAACCUUCACUCCACUCUCUAUCGUGCGCCUCCCCCACCCCCUCCGUUCCUCCGCCGGCGACUUCCUUCAUUCCUCGCCUUUUCCAGGCCUCCUCCCGCCGGAGCCCUCGCCAAUACUUCGCUUCCAGCUUCUCUACCGAGCUCCGAACGUUCCCCGACGCAUUUCCUUCGCCGUGAGUGGAUGCCUGCCGGUCAGUGCCAGCAGUCAUUUGACGCAGGAUGCCGUAGCUACGGCUGCAGUGCUCGUUGGUGCGUACGGACUCGUCUUCACCUUCGACAGUCUGACCGGGCGAAAUCUCAUUCAACAGGGUUUAAGUAGAAAACUAGUUCACAUAUUGUCCGGGUUGAUUUUCAUGGCUUCGUGGCCAAUUUUUAGCACUUCAACAAGCGCUCGAUACUUUGCUUCAUUGGUUCCUAUGGUGAAUUGCUUAAGGCUUCUUGUCCAUGGAUUUUCACUGGUUAACGAUGAUGGACUGAUAAAAUCUGUGACUCGACAUGGAAACCCUGAGGAGUUGCUUCGAGGUCCUUUGUACUAUGUUAUUGUGUUGAUCUUAUGUGCACUUGUCUUUUGGCGAGAGUCUCCAGUAGGCGUGAUCUCACUAUCGAUGAUGUGUGGUGGGGAUGGUGUUGCUGAUAUAAUGGGCAGAAAGUUUGGCUCUGUAAAGAUUCCUUACAACCCAGGCAAGAGUUGGGCGGGCAGCAUAUCGAUGUUCGUCUUUGGAUUCCUGGUUUCUGUCGGGAUGCUGUACUAUUUCUCAGCUCUGGGAUAUAUCCAAUUGGAUUGGUCCUCGACAAUUCAAAGAGUGGCUCUGGUGGCUAUGGUGGCAACAGUGGUUGAGUCUCUUCCAAUUUCGGAGGCAGUAGAUGACAAUCUAUCUGUUCCAUUAGCGACCAUGAUAGCAGCUUAUUUAAGUUUCAAUCUUUAGCCGUGAUCAUGCUGCUGAGUUGUUCAUGUUAUAUGUCGAUUUUCACCCCUUCAUCAUGGAUGGAAUGGACUUGUCAAAUCUACAACCACAGGUUGUAUUUCUUGAAUUAGUCAAAGUAAGAUAAUGGCCGGGCCAACUUUGGUGAAGAUGUGAAAUUGAGUGGUUGAUUUCACCUUAAAUGGGAUGUGGGAGGGUUUCGUCAACAUAAAUUUAUAGCUAAAAAAAGAUCCAGAGUUGGAGCUA